UUAGUUUAUAAAUGUAGCGUGCAAAGAGACACCGAUUUCAUUAAAUGCUUUCAUUUAUCUAGUAUGAAAUAUUCCGUUCUUUUGAUUUCAACAAUUGGAUUGCUGUUAACAAGUUUUCAGGGGUUACGGAGUCAAUCGUCAUUCCCGUACUAUGGAGGUCCCGUAGUUUAUCCCAACGACAGUGAUGAUGACGAUUUAGGAAUACUUUUGACAAUACUUCUCCUCGCUACAAGAAAUCGAAACUGUGGUGGAUAUGGCUGCGGAGGAAAUAAUUGCUGCAACAGCAACAGUAGACCUCUCCUCGUACCCUGCCCGAUUCCAAUUCCAAUGAACUACCAUAUAAUAUCUUACUUCGAUAGAAGUUCCGAGGAAUAUGAUUCUGACGAGUACGAUUGGGGAGCUGGCUUUUUGAGUACUGACGUUUCGGCUGGUGGUGGUGGAGGUUGCGGCGGCGGUUCCUCCCGAUCGAAUAGCGAUCCCAAACAAGUAGUCGUAAUUGAUGCUAACAAUGGAGCCAGCAAAACCGAUGAAGCAUCUGGAAUUGGGGUAAAUGUUGACGUGCCCGUAGACACUGACGCCUUAAAUAUAGAUCCGUAAAGAUCCUUGAAACAGGUUUUAAUAUUGCAGCGAUUCCUCAAAGUUGGUCAUAUGUCCUCUGACCUCCUUCAUUGUGCUUACUAUACAAAUAUAACAAUUUCAUGAAUUAGCCAUGUCAAAUAAAUGACAUUUUGCUGUCUCAGCACAUAAAGUUAAUUUUUAAAUAAUUAUAGUAACUUAAUCCUUUGAACGGAGCUUUCACAUCUGUACUAUCUCAUUGAUAGAUCAAAACUGGUGUUUUAAGUAUUAAAAAUUCCUAAACACCGACAUUGUUCAAAGUUAGUUUAUUCUUUUCAUCGCCAAGAUUAGAACAUACGCUAAUAUUUACAUAACGUUUGGUUUUUCUUUUCACGCCAUAAUCGUUUAAAGAUUGUAUUUAGAAAUUUGUGUCACUAAUAACAUCAUACGAUACCAUUAUAAGCAAUUACCAUUCUUCAUGUAUUACAUAUCUGUUAAAGUAUUUAAAUAUUUUAUUUAAGUUUAGACUCGAUUUUUUUUUUGUAAAAUCGAUCCUAUAGAAAAUUUAUUAUAUACUAAAAUGUAUAUCCAUUGUGAAAUAUGAGGUAUUACGCUAAUGAAGUACUUCAAAAAUGUCAUAGCGAUUCAUUAUUAUGUAAUGUUUCUUGUUAUAAGAUAAAAAGUUUCUUCAUCGUAAAAUGUUUCAUUAUGUUGAUGAACUGAAUUAACUAAUGUUAUAAAAACACAUAACACGUUACGAACUAAAGUUGUUAAUAAAGUUUUAAUAUAAGCCACAUUUUACUUUU